ACACACACACACAGAGCAGCAGCAUGGCUAACAUCGCGGUGCAAAGGAUAAAACGUGAAUUUAAAGAAGUCCUUAAAAGCGAAGAGACAAGUAAAAACCAGAUUAAAGUCGACCUGGUGGAUGAGAACUUCACGGAACUAAAAGGGGAGAUUGCGGGACCGCCCGACACACCUUACGAAGGUGGUCGAUACCAGCUAGAAAUUAAAAUUCCAGAAACAUAUCCCUUCAAUCCUCCGAAGGUACGGUUUAUUACAAAGAUCUGGCAUCCCAACAUCAGCUCAGUAACUGGUGCCAUAUGUCUGGAUAUUUUAAAGGACCAGUGGGCGGCGGCCAUGACACUCCGGACAGUGCUGCUGUCCCUACAGGCGUUAUUGGCAGCAGCUGAACCAGACGAUCCACAGGAUGCAGUGGUGGCCAAUCAGUAUAAGCAGAACCCAGAGAUGUUUAAGCAGACGGCUCGGCUCUGGUCACACGUUUACGCAGGUGCACCAGUCUCCAGUCCAGACUACACACGUAAAAUAGACAAACUCUGUGCUAUGGGUUUUGAUAAAAACGCAGUAAUAGUGGCACUGUCGUCAAAAUCCUGGGACGUGGAGACGGCAACGGAGUUGUUGCUUAGCAACUGAACUGGCAGCACCAUGAUCAACACCCACGUCCCGAUAUUCAGAUUUUUCCACACCCCUGACUCCACCCAUGUCCCAGUCGGAUUCACUUCCUAUAUGGAUAAAUUGCACCUUGACCCCCCCAACCCACUGCACCUACAAGCCCCUUCCAUCUCUCUCUCUCUCUGUCCAUUUUACAUUGCAGUCCCUUCCUAAAACCCUCACCUAUUCAUGUCUCCGUUUUCUCACCAUAUAUAUAUGGUCUUUUUAUUUAAUGUCGCCAUCUCUCACUCUUUUUACCUUUUUGAGUUGAUUGUGCCUUUCCCCUUAACAGUAUUUCUCCCCUUCUCCCCUUUAUCAUUUUCAUCUUCAGUCCUCCUCAUACUGAUCACACAAUUCUCACCACCAUGCUGGACAUUUCCCAAAACUGCCCCUCUCUCUGUUUUGCACAAUCGCUCAAGCUCUUUUAUGUGGAAUCUCAUUUCUACAAUGCCAGUAAAUUAAUUAAAUAAAAAUUUUAAACACACAAACACAACUCUCACAUGUGACACAGAGAAUGUUACCAUAAAAGAUCAAGACUGGAAUACAAACAAACAAGAAAGAAAGAAAGAAAACGAGUAGUUAAUGAUGUAAACAAGAACCAUGCUCUCUGAACAAAGGCUUGACUGCAGAAACAGCAGAAGAGAAAAAAAAGAUUUCAUCUAAAAACAAAUUCAUCUGUAAAUAAAGCUAUUAAAGUCUGUAUAAAUUAAAGCAAUGUGGCAAUGCUUUUAUUUAUUAUUGUUUUAAGGAAACGUGAAAUAAAAAGAAAUGUUUCAUGGCUAAUACAGCAA